CGGUAUCAUGCCGCAUUUUUGCAACAUGCGUGUGGUAUACCGCAGCUGCUCAGAACAGCAAGAACAGAGUGGAGCUCUCAAGCUUUAUUUGCGCCAAACAACAACGAACAGAAACAAUGAAGGUCAAGCUGCGGUCACUGAUUCUCGGCACUGCUUUUCUUGAGUGCGCGGUGUUGCUACUCUUAUUUCUUGCAGGUCGCCAGUAUUGGCUUUACAGCGAAGAAGCCGUCCGGGAAGCAAAUGUGGAGAACCCGCUGUUUGUGACUGCCGAGCACUUCUAUCCAGAGUAUUGGCGAAACAACGCGACGCAAGGCGCUCGGCUCGGGGCCAUCGAGGACCUUCUGCACGCGGGGGUCCAAGCGUUUCGGCAGUUGGGCUUGCCAGUUUUUUUGGAAAGCGCGAACUUGAUUGGGCACGCGCGGCAUGGCAGGCAGAUGGUUCCGUGGGACACGGACGGGGACCUCGGUUUUCUGGAGUCAGAUUGUCGAAAAGUCGAGAGAAGCGACGGCGCCCCAAAGGGUUCUUCCUUAGUGGAGCGUCUCAACCAAGCCCUUGCCAAUGUGGACGUGGUGUCGCAACAAGAAGACCUCGGGAAAAUACAAAGAAAAAAAGGCAAAAGUAAACGACAGAAAAAGGCCGCGCCGUCGCCAUUCAAAGCGCUUUUCUUUGGGUGCCGUUGCGAGGAAAAUGGACUGCCCAAGGGUAGCUGUGAGGGAGUUGAGAAGCGCGUAGCUGGCAGGCUCGUGCACACAGGUUCCGGCACUGUCGUCGACGUUUUCGGCUACGCACUGGUGAAGAAAAUGAAGAGACGCGGCUGGCAGCGUCACUUGACGGCCCAAGAAGCUACGACGAUGUUUUCGGAGCGGUGGGGCUGGCGCGAUCAGAUAAAAACCUCUACUUGCGCAUCUACUUCAACAGCAGGCUCUUGUUCGUUGAAUACGACACCUUCCUCUGCAAACGAGACCGGGACGGAAGAGGGAGCUGCAGUACUUCAAAAUAACGGAAGUAGUGACCACUCGGUCCUUCUCGAUAAGUGGUACGAGCGUGUCGGGGAUACGCACAGUGAUUUCACUUUCCCGGUAUCGUCUCUUCUGCCGCUGCGAUCGGACGUUUUUGGUACGAAACAGUUUCCCGUGCAGGUUCCCAAUCGUCCAGCCGAGUGGCUUAGCUGGGAAUACGGACCAUGCGUGCUCCUGGGGCCGCAUAUGUGGCCCUGGGAUCUGCUGCUGAACGUGACCUUCCCUGCCGGAAGUUUUAUCUCUGUCGCCGGAAUCGCUCUUGCUCUCGGCUUCCUGGGGCUGAUAGCCGCGAGACUCGUGCACCUCGAGGAGGAGGCGGGACUAUCAAAAACACAGUCUUCAUCACAAGCUUCCCCGGCUAUCGCACAACUAUCGGUCUCAGCAAGAUCGUGGUCGGCUUUUUUGGUUGGCGACGUGUGUCCAAAGAUACUCGCUGCGUAUUUGUUCGACAAUGGAAUCGCUGUCGUCGCGGCCUUGUGUCUUGCUGGAGUGGCAUUAGUCGUCCUUCCAAGCAUUCUGCUGUUCUCCUACGGAAAACACGAGCUGCGAGGUUCUAGUGCAGCGCGAUCAAUGCUCAAACUGGCCUCGCCCGUUCUCGUAGGUGGCAACACAGCACUUUUACUGCUAGCUGCCUUCCAGCUUCGAUCGGUGCAGCACCAGUUGGGAUGUCACAUCGAAGGACAAUAUUUCUCUCCGAUGCGGCCAAAAACGUGGACACUCUGUUUAUUUGGUGUGUGCCGGGAUUUUACUUAAGGGUGAACAAGAACAUAAAGCGGUCGGGAAUGCGAUUAGCACUACCUGGUGCCCCUAAGCUGCUGACAUAAGUAAUAAGAAGUGCGUGUGCGGUCGUGCAGAUGAAUCUAGCGAAUCAUGAACAGGUUCGGUUUUCACGACCUUGAAAGUAGCAAUACGCUUUUUCGUCUAUUCACUGUGGCGCUCUGUUAAUUGAGUUUGAAUCAUGAUGGUGUUGUUUUCUUCAGAAGGAAAAAAAAAGACGUUCAGCGGCUAGCUUUUGCGGCCUGCAUGCAAAGAAUUA